GAGGAUUUUAAGGAGUGUAAGAUAUGCCUGAUUUAAAAAUGACAAUUGGGUAUUUUUUGCACUGUUUCUCCAUUGUUGAUAUUAACAGAUUGAGAGUUAUGAAGUUCUCUGAUCUUAUCUUUUUCUUAAUCCUGUAUAAAUUAUUUUGAGUUAUGGAUUUGAAUCACAAAUCUCAGCAGAAAAAGGUCAGGUUCAAUAGCCAGCCAUCUGAUGAAGAUAAGCAGAUUGAUGGCAAAACAAGAGAGAGAGAAACUAUAAUCAGCAACAAGGGCAGUACUGAUAUGGUAAUAGUAUUUCCUAUGAAUAAUUAUGGUACAGAUAUAAUGGGUGACCCAGCACAUCCUUCUGCAAAUCCUAACAAUAAGCUUGCAGCUACAUGGAAAGCCCCACUGCCAUUGCAGCCUGCAAAAGCUCCCCAUGAAGAUGCAGAGAUUGGAAGUCAUAGUGGGCAUAUCAAUCCACAGAGCAGAAAUAUGAGUCCCCCCAUGCAGGAAGUCUCUAGCAACCCCACAGUGCCGUCAUCCCCUUAUGUUUUGGAUGGCACUGAAGUUUCUCGGGAUUCAUCUGCAAAGUGUAAUUUUCUGGCAUUCCAAUCGCUUAUAUGUGGUAGGAUUGACGGGGUCUUUCACACCUUGAAUAGGUGGAGCAAAAAUGCUGAGACUUUGGUUGAUAACAUUUUGAUACACAUGAAGCUUGGGGGAAGCAUGCCUGAAACAGUAUGGUCAAAGGUGAGCUUGGGGGCCAAAAUAGUGGCAGAAGGUGGGCUUGAGAAUAUAUUCAAACUAAGCUUCAGUGUUGGUCCCUCAGAAAAGCUUUUGAAGACCUCUUCUUGUUAUUUGUCCACCAGCACUGGCCCUGUUGCAGGAUUACUCUUCAUAUCAACUGAAAAACUGGCCUUCUGCAGUGACAAUCCCCUUCGCUACACAACUUCUGAUGGAAGGACUAGAUGGAGUGAAUACAGGGUGGUCAUACCUGUUGGAAGACUGAAAGCAGUGAUUCCAUGUGAGAAUAUAGCUAAGCCUGCUGAGAAAUACAUACAAGUAGAAACUGUGGAUAAUCAUGAGUUUUGGUUCAUGGGAUUUGUGAAUUAUCAAAAGGCUCUGAGAUAUCUCUGGAAAUCUGUGAGAGUCCACUAGUUCUUAUAAACCACAUAUUCCAGUUUCUUAAGUCGUGAGCAUAAAAAUUACACAGCUAAUAUUGUAUAUUAUGGUAUCUACUCCAGUAUACGAAAUACAGUGCUAGCAAGACUAAAAGAGUAAAUAUGAAAAUUCUUCUUCUAGUACAGUGCAGUCUAGUGUAGUUGAGUUUAAGUAAGUAUGGCAGUUUAAUGCCCAAAACCGGAAUGUAAAAAGACUGCCAUGUAUAUUGCCAUAUUGUUAUUGUAUAUGUUAGAGUUAAUUAUUUC